AUGCCCAGAUUAAAGGCGAAUGCCGCCAAGAAUCAUGUCGUCGACUUUACAGAUCAUGCAGGCCGACCAGCAAAGAUGGCCUGGUGCGCCCAGCCAGAAGAAACCAUACCUCCACUUACAAGUUGGUGUUUCUACUUUGUUCAUCCUGACUUCAGUCUCGAUGAGCUUGAUACGCGUCGUCUUCGGCAUGAUAUACAAGAAGGGUAUGGCGACCGUAUGCGAUAUGAGCUUUUUUGCAUCCCUGGCGGUAGUCGUGCCGACUGUGCUCAACAUUACCGCGAGGAGCUCGAGUCUCGUGGUGACGACUUUGAGCAGGUCCGAGAGGCUGAGAGAGCUGAAAAAGAUCCCGAAUAUGCAGCUGUGCGAGGGUCCCGAGGCAAACUCCCUGGCCUGCCUGCGUCACAGAGGUACCCGGGGAAUAUGUCCUAUCACCACUUCGUCUGCAUAUACAAGGAUCCGACUUGGAACCACGAUAGCGACGAAAUGGAAAUUGAUGUUGUUGAGUUCGAUCCAGCACUGACGGAUGAGGAUUACGAGCCUGGUGAAAGGAUAUACCCGCAGGACCCUAUGGUAACAACACGGGUAUCAGCUAAGUAUAGAAAGGAGGACCAAACGUCUGAGGGCCAGGAUCUGUGGGGGUGGUUUCUGAACAGUAGAUCUCCUGAUUGGUACCAUUCAACCGUGUCAGCAACUUCCAUUGCUCGGGAAUUGGGAUGGGCGUCGUGGUAG